AUGGCAGAGACAUGCAUCGUGUGCCUCGGUGACCUGAACCACGGUCUUGCGAGACAGGCUUCAGUGCCUGGUGUCGCCGCCGCCAGGUCCGACUCCGUCACCGCGAUAGCCAAAGAUGCGAGCACGUCCGAGUCCGACGCAACCCCCGAAAUCGUGGACGAUGACCUCGUGGCUCAUUUGCUGCCAUGCGGGCAUUAUUUGCACGAUAGCUGCUUGAAACCAUGGGUGGAGAGGGCGAACAGUUGUCCGAUAUGUCGGGCCAGUUUUACGAUGGUGGAGCUCAGUACCACCGUGGGAGGUGAUGUACUAUCAACAUACGCAGUCGACGAAAAGCAACAAAUGGCGGAGGUUGAUCCCGGGCUAGUGGUGGACGACGAUAUCUUCGACGAGGAACUCGGCGAGCCGUGCAUGGUCUGCGAAGAGGUCGGCGAAGAGCACGAAGUGAUCGUAUGCGAGUACUGCGACGAACCGUGCCACGUCUUUUGCGCCGGGUUCGACGAGGCGCCGGAGGGACCAUGGAUCUGCUACAAGUGCCGUGAACAGCAACAACAGACCCGAUGGCGACAGGGGAGACGAGGACGACCGCCUCCAAGGCGAGGCGCGGCAUCCCUGGCGUGGGAACGGGUGUGGCGAUCGAUCUUCAACCGCCUAGAUUUCGACCUCGAGUUUCCUUUCGACGAAGAAGACCAGGCGCGCGUAGACGAGGCCGAACACCUCCCCGGUUGGCAGCGACGGCUGCAGAUAGCCGCGUCCCAAGGGGCGGGCAACCGGUUCCGCGAGACGGCAGUCCUCGUGCAUCCGAAGCCGGAACCAGAGUCGCAGGAGGAGAUUCGCGCGUGGAACGCCUUCGACAAGGCGCGGCAGCUGGACGAGGAACCGGGGAGUACGUCCGGGCGACGGAAGCGGAAGUCGGUAACGACGUCGCCCUCCGAGGCGCCCGCUGAACCGGAACGAAAGCUCAAACGUCCGCGGACGCGACGGCCGCCGGAGACGCAUGACACCACGCCCGAAGAAGCCGCGUCGUCAUCGCGCCGCGAUUCCGCUCCUGGGACGUCGACGGCCCAACCACCAUCACUACCACUACUACCACCACCACCACCACCACCUCCCCCUCCCCAUCGCAGCGGCAUCGUCGAGAAACCAGAAGGCCCCAGCUUCCUCCAAUCCCUCCUCAAGGAACGGGUGGCGAGGGAGGAGGUAGAGAGGGCGGUGGUGGGGGGGAAAGAGGAGGGCGUGAAGGAAGAGGAGGGAUAG